AUGGCAGUGGGCCAAAGACAAGUCCAACUACAUCCUACCUCCCUGGGCCUGUGGGAUGGCAGUGGGCCAAAGACAAGUCCAACUACAUCCUACCUCCCUGGGCCUGUGGGAUGGCAGUGGGCCAAAGACAAGUCCAACUACAUCCUACCUCCCUGGGCCUGUGGGAUGGCAAUGGGCCAAAGACAACAAGUCCACCUACAUCCUACCUCCCUGGGCCUGUGGGAUGGCAGUGGGCCAAAGACAAGUCCAACUACAUCCUACCUCCCGGGCCUGUGGAAUGGCAGUGGGCCAAAGCCAAGUCCAACUACAUCCUACCUCCCUGGGCCUGUGGGAUGGCAGUGGGCCAAAGACAAGUCCAACUACAUCCUACCUCCCGGGCCUGUGGGAUGGCAGUGGGCCAAAGAAGACAAGUCCACCUACAUCCUACCUCCCUGGGCCUGUGGGAUGGCAGUGGGCCAAAGACAAGUCCAACUACAUCCUACCUCCCUGGGCCUGUGGGAUGGCAGUGGGCCAAAGACAAGUCCACCUACAUCCUACCUCCCUGGGCCUGUGGGAUGGCAAUGGGCCAAAGACAAGUCCAACUACAUCCUACCUCCCUGGGCCUGUGGGAUGGCAGUGGGCCAAAGACAAGUCCAACUACAUCCUACCUCCCUGGGCCUGUGGGAUGGCAGUGGGCCAAAGACAAGUCCACCUACAUCCUACCUCCCUGGGCCUGUGGGAUGGCAGUGGGCCAAAGACAAGUCCACCUACAUCCUACCUCCCUGGGCCUGUGGGAUGGCAAUGGGCCAAAGACAAGUCCAACUACAUCCUACCUCCCUGGGCCUGUGGGAUGGCAGUGGGCCAAAGACAAGUCCACCUACAUCCUACCUCCCUGGGCCUGUGGGAUGGCAGUGGGCCAAAGCCAAGUCCAACUACAUCCUACCUCCCGGGCCUGUGGAAUGGCAGUGGGCCAAAGACAAGUCCACCUACAUCCUACCUCCCUGGGCCUGUGGGGUGGCAGUGGGCCAAAGACAAGUCCAACUACAUCCUACCUCCCUGGACCUGUGGGAUGGCAAUGGGCCAAAGACAAGUCCAACUACAUCCUACCUCCCUGGGCCUGUGGGAUGGCAGUGGGCCAAAGACAAGUCCAACUACAUCCUACCUCCCUGGGCCUGUGGGAUGGCAGUGGGCCAAAGACAAGUCCACCUACAUCCUACCUCCCUGGGCCUGUGGGAUGGCAGUGGGCCAAAGACAAAUCCACCUACAUCCUACCUCCCCGGGCCUGUGGGAUGGCAGUGGGCCAAAGACAAGUCCACCUACAUCCUACCUCCCUGGGCCUGUGGGAUGGCAGUGGGCCAAAGACAAGUCCAACUACAUCCUACCUCCCUGGGCCUGUGGGAUGGCAGUGGGCCAAAGACAAGUCCACCUACAUCCUACCUCCCUGGGCCUGUGGGAUGGCAAUGGGCCAAAGACAAGUCCACCUACAUCCUACCUCCCUGGGCCUGUGGGAUGGCAGUGGGCCAAAGACAAGUCCAACUACAUCCUACCUCCCCGGGCCUGUGGAAUGGCAGUGGGCCAAAGCCAAGUCCAACUACAUCCUACCUCCCUGGGCCUGUGGGAUGGCAGUGGGCCAAAGACAAGUCCAACUACAUCCUACCUCCCCGGGCCUGUGGGAUGGCAGUGGGCCAAAGACAAGUCCACCUACAUCCUACCUCCCUGGGCCUGUGGGAUGGCAGUGGGCCAAAGACAAGUCCAACUACAUCCUACCUCCCUGGGCCUGUGGGAUGGCAGUGGGCCAAAGACAAGUCCAACUACAUCCUACCUCCCUGGGCCUGUGGGAUGGCAGUGGGCCAAAGACAAGUCCACCUACAUCCUACCUCCCUGGGCCUGUGGGAUGGCAAUGGGCCAAAGACAAGUCCACCUACAUCCUACCUCCCUGGGCCUGUGGGAUGGCAGUGGGCCAAAGACAAGUCCAACUACAUCCUACCUCCCCGGGCCUGUGGAAUGGCAGUGGGCCAAAGCCAAGUCCAACUACAUCCUACCUCCCUGGGCCUGUGGGAUGGCAGUGGGCCAAAGACAAGUCCAACUACAUCCUACCUCCCGGGCCUGUGGGAUGGCAGUGGGCCAAAGACAAGUCCACCUACAUCCUACCUCCCUGGGCCUGUGGGAUGGCAGUGGGCCGAAGACAAGUCCAACUACAUCCUACCUCCCUGGGCCUGUGGGAUGGCAGUGGGCCAAAGACAAGUCCAACUACAUCCUACCUCCCUGGGCCUGUGGGAUGGCAGUGGGCCAAAGACAAGUCCACCUACAUCCUACCUCCCUGGGCCUGUGGUAUGGCAAUGGGCCAAAGACAAGUCCAACUACAUCCUACCUCCCUGGGCCUGUGGGAUGGCAGUGGGCCAAAGACAAGUCCAACUACAUCCUACCUCCCUGGGCCUGUGGGAUGGCAGUGGGCCAAAGACAAGUCCAACUACAUCCUACCUCCCUGGGCCUGUGGGAUGGCAGUGGGCCAAAGACAAGUCCACCUACAUCCUACCUCCCUGGGCCUGUGGGAUGGCAAUGGGCCAAAGACAAGUCCAACUACAUCCUACCUCCCUGGGCCUGUGGGAUGGCAGUGGGCCAAAGACAAGUCCACCUACAUCCUACCUCCCUGGGCCUGUGGGAUGGCAGUGGGCCAAAGCCAAGUCCAACUACAUCCUACCUCCCCGGGCCUGUGGAAUGGCAGUGGGCCAAAGACAAGUCCACCUACAUCCUACCUCCCCGGGCCUGUGGGGUGGCAGUGGGCCAAAGACAAGUCCAACUACAUCCUACCUCCCUGGACCUGUGGGAUGGCAAUGGGCCAAAGACAAGUCCAACUACAUCCUACCUCCCUGGACCUGUGGGAUGGCAAUGGGCCAAAGACAAGUCCAACUACAUCCUACCUCCCCGGGCCUGUGGGGUGGCAGUGGGCCAAAGACAAGUCCAACUACAUCCUACCUCCCUGGACCUGUGGGAUGGCAAUGGGCCAAAGACAAGUCCAACUACAUCCUACCUCCCUGGACCUGUGGGGUGGCAGUGGGCCAAAGACAAGUCCAACUACAUCCUACCUCCCUGGACCUGGUAAACGGAGCAAGCAGCCUUCAAUAG